AGCGAGAGGGCCGGGGGGAGGGUGGGGGAUGGCGCGGACCCCGGGGCCGGCCCCGCUGUGUCCCGGAGGCGGCAAAGCACAACUUUCCUCCGCUUCUCCCCCCGGGGCCGGGCUCUUGCUGCCACCCCCGACGCCGCCGCCGCUACUGCUGCUGCUCUUCCCGCUGCUGCUCUUCUCCCGGCUCUGUGGUGCCUUAGCUGGGCCAAUUAUUGUGGAGCCACAUGUCACAGCAGUAUGGGGAAAGAAUGUUUCAUUGAAGUGUUUAAUUGAAGUAAAUGAAACUAUAACACAAAUUUCAUGGGAGAAGAUCCAUGGCAAAAGUUCACAGACUGUUGCAGUUCAUCAUCCUCAGUAUGGAUUCUCUGUUCAAGGAGAAUAUCAGGGAAGAGUCUUGUUUAAAAACUAUUCACUUAAUGAUGCUACAAUUACUCUACAUAACAUAGGAUUCUCUGAUUCUGGAAAGUACAUAUGCAAAGCUGUUACAUUCCCGCUUGGAAAUGCUCAGUCCUCUACAACCGUAACUGUAUUAGUUGAACCCACUGUGAGCCUGAUAAAAGGGCCAGAUUCUUUAAUUGAUGGAGGAAAUGAAACGGUAGCAGCCAUUUGUAUCGCAGCCACUGGAAAACCAGUUGCACACAUUGACUGGGAAGGUGAUCUUGGUGAAAUGGAAUCCACUACAACUUCUUUUCCAAAUGAAACGGCAACAAUUGUCAGUCAGUAUAAGCUGUUUCCAACCAGAUUUGCUAGAGGAAGGCGAAUUACUUGUGUUGUAAAACAUCCAGCCUUGGAAAAGGACAUCCGAUAUUCUUUCAUAUUAGAUAUACAGUAUGCUCCUGAGGUUUCAGUAACAGGCUAUGAUGGGAAUUGGUUUGUAGGAAGAAAAGGUGUUAAUCUCAAGUGUAAUGCUGAUGCAAAUCCACCACCCUUCAAAUCUGUGUGGAGCAGGUUAGAUGGACAGUGGCCUGAUGGUUUAUUGGCUUCAGACAAUACUCUUCAUUUUGUCCAUCCAUUGACUUUCAAUUAUUCUGGUGUUUAUGUCUGUAAAGUGACCAAUUCCCUUGGUCAAAGGAGUGAUCAAAAGGUCAUCUACAUUUCAGAUCCUCCUACCACUACCACCCUUCAGCCUACAAUUCAGUGGCAUCCCUCAACUGCUGACAUCGAGGAUCUAGCAACAGAACCAAAAAAAUUGCCCUUCCCAUUGUCAACUUUGGCAACAAUUAAGGAUGACACAAUUGGCACAAUCAUUGCUAGUGUAGUGGGUGGGGCUCUCUUCAUAGUACUUGUGAGUGUUUUGGCUGGAAUAUUCUGCUAUAGGAGAAGACGGACGUUUCGUGGAGACUACUUUGCCAAGAACUACAUUCCACCAUCAGAUAUGCAAAAAGAAUCACAAAUAGAUGUUCUCCAACAAGAUGAGCUUGAUUCUUACCCAGACAGUGUGAAAAAAGAAAACAAAAAUCCAGUGAACAAUCUAAUACGGAAAGACUAUUUAGAAGAGCCUGAAAAAACGCAGUGGAACAAUGUAGAAAAUCUCAGUAGGUUUGAAAGACCAAUGGAUUAUUAUGAAGAUCUAAAAAUGGGAAUGAAGUUCGUCAGCGAUGAACAUUAUGACGACAAUGAAGAUGACUUAGUUUCACAUGUAGACGGUUCCGUAAUUUCCAGGAGGGAGUGGUAUGUUUAGCAACCACUAAACGUGACUUACCUAUGUACAAUGUUUCAUUCAUACUAGUUGAUCAUUUUCAGAUUGUUCAUACUUUUUCUUGAGGAAGAAUAAGCUUUUUCAACUUGAUUUUCAAGCUUACUUUUUAUAUUCUAAUUUGACAAAUGAAAAUGUAAAAUCUGGGUUCAAUGUAUCUGAGCUGCUUUACAAUUUUUUUUCAAUGCUGUACUACUGUCUCAAGAUUUAAAUUUUAAUGCAGAGUACUUUAUUGGUCUGAGGCACACAGGUAAGAAGAAAUGUCAACAUUAAAUGUAUGACUUUUUUGGUACAAAAAUUAAAAAGGAAAAAAAAAAAAGGAAACUACCUUGGCAUUGUGUAUUAAAUGUUUACCUAAGACUAUAAUCUCAAGUAUAAUGUUUGUUAAACAUAUACCUCUCAAAAUUUAUCACCACUAAAUGAUACUACAUGAAAAUUGACUAUAAAACUAAUUCAAGAAAUGUUUAUAUAUAUUUUUAGUAUACAAAACAAAAUAUUCAGCCUGAUAAAACAUCUUUCCCUUUCAAACAUUGUUUUCUAAGUUUCUAUAUAAAUGGAAUCUUUACCUCUGCAUUUUAAUGAGCCUUGCCAUAAUUACUGUAGAGUGGCUUUUCAAAGAUAUUUUGUUGCACUAAAACUGUGGUAGUAAACUCAGUGAACAUGCUGUGUGGAAGAGCCUAAUUAGCUGGUCAGUAUUUUUGUCCAAAAUACAUACAAGAGUUAUAAUAAAAACAUGCCUUUUAAACAUAAUUAUUACAUUUUUUUUCAUCUCUGGAGGACAGUUCUUAUAAUGUCAUAUGAACAUGGAUUUGGGUACAUUAAGUGGCAUACAUAGUUCUGUUUGAAUGCUUUAUGUCCAAAUAUAAGAAUAAUAAUGAAAAGAUGGUACGCAGUUAAAUAUAGUUCAGAAAGGGCAUUUCAGUAUAUGGAAAAAUGUGGGCAAAUUAGUAUUGGAGUACAGUUUUUAGAAAUGAGAUACGUCAGCCAAAAAUCCAUACAGAGAAUUUUCUAGCCCAUCUUGUUUUAGUUAUCUAAUAGUGAAUGUUGUUCAAACGGGUAAAUAUACAGAAAAAUUAGAAUAAACUUGUAAAUUUGAGGUUUAAUGAGAAAAAUAUGAAUUAUAGAACCAGUCACUAGCACUUGCUGAUGUAUAUUGGCAAAUCAUCCCCCUCUUCCUCCUAAAUGUAUGUAUUUGUUUCAAGAUUUUUGUUUUUCCAAUUAAAACUGGAAACAUCAUAAGGUUUUUUGUUUUUUGUUUUUUGCAUAAUUCAUUCAGUCUAUUCUUUCCAAAAAUCAUGUAUCUUUUGAAAACGAAAUGUUACCUAAAUCUUCAAAUGUGGAUCUUCUUUGUGAGGUAAUUAAAUUGCUUUUACAGUGGAGUCCUAUAAAAUUGUAAUGAUGACAACUAUUUUGAAGCCCAAAGAAGAUGUUGUUUUCUGUUGAUGAUUCAUUUGAAAAAAAAGGACUGUGUAGAAUUGCCUUAGGUAUUUUGCCAGGAAUCGAAGUGGUUAGUAGGAGAAUCAUAAAUAAAUUAUUUUGUUAAUAAAAAGGCAAAGUAGGUACUUUUUUUUUUUUAAUCCCCCAACCACUCCACUCCUGAUGAUCCUUGUCGAAUCUAAAGGAAUGUUUUAUAAGACAAAAUUCUAACAUGUUCAUAGAAUUUUCCGAGUAGUCAAGGCCUUAUUCUAAACAGUUGUAACAUAAUUUCCUCUCUUUUGACUAUCAGUAUUUUGUGGAAAUUAGAAACCUCUUUUAUUUCUCUUCCCACUUACACACGUAGUAUAAGACUAUAAUAUCAGCAAAGGACACAGGUAAGCUCACUGGUAUCUUGUUAAAAAAUAUGGGUUUUAAUAGAAUUAACCACUGAUAUACAAAUAUUAGGACUCUUUGGUCCAAGUCAUUGGAAGCAAAAUUUUAUUGAUAAUACCCUGUGAUUAAAGUGGACUUUAUUUUUUAAUUUAAAUGCCAGCACUCAUAUGGCCACAAGAAAGAUGGAUCUAAAAUUUCUUGCCAUAGAAGGUAGGAAUUUGUGGCUUUUUGUUCACAAUUUCAUCUUUAGAACAAUGGUUUGAAAUGCUAUAUGAAUCUGAGCAGAAUAAUCACUGUAUAAAUCUCAGUGGUUCUUGAGUAUAAUCUGAAGGAAAUAUUAUAUUUUAAGAACUGUAUUACAAAAAUGCAAAUAUCCGCUUAGUGAUUAUGACCUUCCUUUUAUAUUGUGGCCAUUGUGUGUUUAGGGUUGUUAUUUUUUUCUGUUUUAUUUUAUGAUGGGAGAGGAUGACAUGGAAAACGGCAAGUGAAUGUUUGAUACCUUCUGUAUCCUUAAUAUAAAUCAUUUGACAAACUAAGAUUUCAAAAUUUUAAGAAGCUGGUACUAGUUAAGACUUUCUGAAGCAUUGCACUGCUGUUUAUUAGAACUUUAUGUUUAUUUACUGUACAUAGAGACUUAUUUGUGAACAUGAAUAGUCAUAUCAAAUAAACUUUUGUUAAAUUAAUUUUUGGAUAUCAGUGAUGUACACAGCUAAUUGAUAGGUACAUAGGAAAAUCCUUUUAUUUUUUUUGGAAAAGAUAGAAUGUUUUAUUUUGACGAUGUUUAUGUUUCUUUUUUUUAUUCUUUGAACUGGCUUUUCAUUUUUGUAUUCACUUUAGGGUUUUCCUUCACACUGGUUAAAAUAUUUCAGUAAUGCAGGGAUGAUGAAUGCAACUUUUAUUUUGUCCUGCCAUUUUUAUUAAAAUAUAUUAAAACUUUAAUAGGCUAGGGGUUCACUUUAAAAGUUACAUUUGAGAAGUACAUUAUAGUUGAAAUAUUUAGUAUUUUACCAUGUGCCUAAAAGGUUUCUAUUUGAUAAGUCUGACAUUAAAGAAACCAUUAAGGUUUUUCAGUAGUAAGUAUUACUUCUGAUAGCCAUAUAUAGGAACGUUUUCUAGAGAUAACCCUAGCUAAAUGUUUAGCAGAAGGGCUUGUAGGAAGUACAAUGUAUGAGUGCAAAAAUUGAGAUAAAUGUAACACUUUCAUAUGUGAAAACAUCUGAUUUGAGUUUGAUAAUUGCUUUUGGUAAAUACUAAAGAUAUAUGAAUAAGAAGUUGUGAAUGUGUGGGACUAUUGUGUAAAAUAUAAGAAAGGAAGAAAUGGUACGCAUAUUGAAUUUUUAAUUCAAAUAGAGGAAUAAUUUACAGAUUUAAUUGUUCUUUUCUGUUUGCUUGUUAAUUGGAAAUGUAUCAUCCAUAAGAAUAUGCUCCUUUCUCAAAUUUUUGGUAUAUGGAGUUUGGAUUUAAUUUUAAUUUGAUUUGUAUCAGUGGUUUUUUUGUUUUUGCUUUUGUUUUUUUACCAAGUUAUUUAUCAGGUGGUAGCCCCUAAUAGCCAUGCAACAAAUCUUUAAAUAAAAGUUUUUAAAAAAUUC